GUGGUCAUAAACCUCGGCAUGCUGAUGAAGGAGGUGGAGCUUCGAGGUUCCCCCUCGCUCGCCAUGAUACUGGUCAACAGUUUCCAGCUGCUGUAUGUGGCCGACGCUCUGUGGAAUGAGGAAGCUGUUCUGACAACCAUGGACAUUGUUCAUGACGGUUUUGGCUUCAUGCUGGUGUUCGGGGACCUGGCCUGGGUCCCCUUCACGUACGGCCUGCAGGCUGCCUUCCUCGUGGUUCACCCACAGACCCUCAGUUCACUGGGAGCAGCAGCUAUAAUAGCACUGAAUGGUAUUGGAUAUUAUAUUUUCAGAAAAUCAAACUCGCAGAAGAACCAGUUCAGACGAGACCCGACACAUCCCAAUGUUGCAAGACUGGAGACCAUCGCCACAGCAACGGGGAAGCGGCUGCUGGUGUCGGGCUGGUGGGGUCUCGUUCGUCAUCCAAAUUACCUCGGUGACCUCCUCAUGGCCCUGGCGUGGUCGCUGCCGUGUG